AUGAUCUUCACAUCAGCGAUGGACAGCAUGUGUUUGUCUCAAUCGGAGCUAACCGGCAACAGAGGAAAAGUGAUGGGUCCAUUCCCGUCCUCCGCCCUGCCCAUCCCAGACAGAAAGAAGCUGCCCAUGAAUCUCCUUAUUGCUGAACCUCAUUUUGAUAACCUGUUCAAGCUUCUGGAGCAGCUCAGUGACCUCAGUUCACAGCUGGACAAUGUGGAGAAAGAAAAGAAGCCCAGCCUACAGGCCGAGGCCAGGCGCUUGUCUCGAGACGUCUGGGAGUUGCUGAUGAUGCUGCCGUCUAACGAAAGUCUGCUGAAUGGGUUCUUGAAGAUCUCCACAGACCAGGAGGUGACUAAAGAGGAAUGGAACCAGCUUCUUCCACCAAACAGCCCUCACAGACUGUACUACUCUCUACAGACUGUGGAGUUCUUAGCUCAUGGUACCCGACUGGCACAGAAGAGUAUGAUGCGCUCUGGGGGAGGUGAUGCAUCUGAUGACAAGAAGUCGACUGGUGUCAGCAAGACCCCCUGGUGUGUCAAGUUCAUCUCUAAGGGAGGGCUGAGUCACAUGAUGGAGAUCUUCAUGAAUGGAUCUCUGCAGUCUAAGGAAGGCAACAUCUGGAGCCAGUGGAACCAGGAAUGUCUGGGCUACAUGCUGCGACUGAUCUCUCAGUUCUCGGUCGAUGAACCCGGCCAGGGAGAGGCGGAAGGCAGCAGUCCCAGAAACAGGAGGGCUGUCAACAAGAAAAACGCUGCCUUUGUCAUCUCGACAAUAUCACAGUCUAUACUGGAAAAGUUGGAUGUGCAGACUGUUGUGAGGAUCCUCAUGCAAAUUCUCUAUGAUGCUGCAAUGCCAAUGGAUUCUAACCAGCUGUACUGUGGUACAUGGGGAAGGAGGGAAGUUGUGCAAUAUGCCAUGUCUUUCUUGGUGUCGCUGGCAUUCUCAUGCGAUAGAGUGCUUGACUACCUCUGCAAUGCAGACAACUUUCACAUCUGGCUGAAGAGGCUCACUUUAGAAGCUCCAGAGGCCCAUGUGCGCAAGCAGGCCUGCCUCGGGCUCCACCAGCUGUGCCUCGGCAAGACCAAGCAAGAGAAGAAGGGGACACCAUUCCUGGCUCCAGUGUUGGAGCAGCUUCUGACCUUCCUGUCUGAUACAGAGCUCUUCAAACCAAAGAAACACGAGAUGGACUUCACCAGAGAAGAUAAGGAGAUCUAUGGAGCCGGUUGCCACGACUACUUUAUCUUUCUUCCCAUGUGCCUGGACGAGCUGGACCCUCAGCAGACGAACAUCAACAUGGAUGCCCUUCUGAAGCAGGUCACGGACGACAUCCUCAACCGGCCCUACUAUGAGACGCACAAGGGUUAUGAGGAAGAUGAAGGUUUGAUUGGAUUGUUGAAUGUUGCAGCAGCCCUGUACAGACACAGGCCUUCUUUUGUGCAGUCGGAUGAGAAUGUACGAUUUCUGGACUCUCUCUUUGACUUCCUGUUCCAAGUUCCCAGUCCCAGACUGCCAUAUCUUCCCAAGUGUAAGAGCCUGAAGACACGCCAGGCUGCAUACGACCUCAUUGCCGAAAUGUGUAACGGGGUCAUGAGAAACUAUUCCAGUGCUGUCGACAAGUUCAUGAACCAGAAUAAACGAGAAGCCCAUUCCCCUUAUGCCUGGGACUAUUGGCCACAAGAAGAUGGUAGAGCCAAGUGUGGCUACGUGGGCCUGACCAAUCUGGGAGCUACCUGCUACAUGGCUACAGCCAUCCAGCAGCUGUUCAUGAUCCCCAGGCUGAGGCAGGCAGUGCUGCACUUCCAGGUUGAUGACUCUGGGCCCCACUCCCCUAUGAUGAUGGAGCUCCAGCACAUGUUUGCAUAUCUACAGGAGAGUGAGCGGAGAGCAUACAACCCCAAGAGUUUUUGUAAGACGUACACCAUGGACAGGUGUCCUUUGAAUACAGGGGAGCAGAAGGAUAUGCAGGAGUUCUUCACAGACAUAAUCACCAAGCUGGAGGAAACAUCUCCAGAUAUGAAAACAACAAUUAAGGAAAUGUUUGGAGGAGAAACAACAAACAAUGUAGUGUCCUUGGACUGUAAUCAUGUAAGCAGAACAUUUGAAGAGUUCUACACAGUCAGGUGUGGGGUUGCUCAUAUGAAAGACCUCUAUGAAUCCCUGGAUGAGGUGACGGUCAAGGACAUGCUGGAAGGGGACAACAUGUACACCUGCUCCCAGUGCCACAAGAAGGUCCGAGCUGAGAAAAGAACAUGUUUCCGCAAGCUGCCACAGAUCCUGUGUUUCAACACCUUGCGCUACUCCUUCAACAUGUUGACCAUGAUGAAGGAGAAAGUCAACACCCACUUCUCGUUUCCAGACACCCUGGAUAUGUCCCGCUACAUGGAACAUAACCUCAUCGGCAAGGACAAGAUACAAGAUGUCAAAGAUGAAGGUGACACCGAGAGAGAAGACGAGCAGUCAUACGAGUACAGUCUGAUAGGGGUCACAGUUCAUGUCGGAAGUGCCGAGGGCGGACAUUACUAUAAUCUCAUCAAGGACACACAGACCAACAAAUGGUACCAUUUCAAUGAUGCUGAUGUAAAACCGUUUGAUGCCAGUAACAUUCCUCAUGAAGCGUUUGGAGGGGAGAUGAAUGGUAAAACUUAUGAUACAGUAUCUGAGAAGUACCUGGACUUUCCCAUAGAGAAGACCAACAGUGCCUACAUGUUGUUCUAUGAAAGAGUAUCACCGAGGCAGGCUGAGGUCAAGGAGGAAUUCAACUUUGUGCUCAACCCUGAGUUAGCUAAUUGGAUUUGGAAUGACAACACCCAGUUCCUGAAGGAUCGAAGCAUCUUUGAUCGCAUGUAUUUUGACCACAUUUGGCAGAUGUGCUCUCAUAUUCCUGGCACGUUGCCAAUAGAGUAUACAGACACUGCUAACCACAAGGCUGUCAUUUUGGCCUCCUGUUUUGUUCUGGAGUCAUUCAUUCAUGCUAAAGAGAAGAAGUCCAUGCCUAAUUGGAUUGAUUACCUGAUGAAGAAAUUCAGCAGCUGUUUGGGUCCCUGUGAGUGGCUGCUGGACCACAUGGCAGAAGAUGAUUGGUGGGUGCAGCACAUUCUCAUCAAGUGUCCCAACACAACCAUCCGGCAGAUGUUUCAGCGGCUGCUCAUCAUGGUCAUCACUCAACUUAGCAAGGCUUCUAAAGAAUACAUCGCACUCGGGGAUGGCAUGGACACUGCGGAGCUCUGUGGCCACAGCUGUUUGACCCGUUUCAUCACCAAACUGUUGUCUAAUCUUGAGUGCGGCAUGAGGCCCAGCAACAAGUACCUGACCGAGUACUUCACCUUCCUCUUUGAGUUUGCCAAGCUGCAGGACUCCAACGCCGACUUUCCCUCGGCCUCCUUCCUCAACGCUAUUAACACCAUCAGUAUGGUGGUCAAGUUCUACAUGGGCAGCAAGUCCGCCCAGUCUGAUUAUGUGGAGAUCCUGUCAGAUGAAGAUGAUGAUGAAGAGGUUCUGGUGAUGACCCCUGAUGAAACCCGACCAACAGCACUCAGCAAGAUGGUGUCGCUGAUCUCCUUCCUGGUGGAAACUUCUAGAGAAGGUCAUGUGCUACAUCUCAGCGAGUCGGACAUGAACUAUCUGAUCCGAGGAAGGGGCCAGCCAUUUUUGAUGUACCAGGUUCGAGACAACAUCAACAUAGAACACACAUGUAACCUCAUUGUCAGCUUGUGUAUGUUCAACGAACCAUUGGCUGUCUCUAUUGUUUCCGCGAUCUUCAACAAUAUCAAGAAAUUGGGCGAUCUGGCAAAACCCUUCUUUGACCUACUGACCCACAUGACAGAAUACUGUGGACGGGUGGCGGGAUACCCUCCGUUUACCCAGCUCAUUGUGUCGAGACUCUGGGAUCUGACCAAGGUGACCCCCAGACCCUGCCUGGAGUGGCUGACCCACAAGGUGACCCACAACCGACUUGCUCGGCAGUGGACCCUGGAUUGCAUGGACGGCUGGGUGGAACUGUAUAUGGUCGCUUACAACAGUAACCUAGUCAGAAUGGCAAGUGCACAUCUGUUGGUCUCCCUGGUGCCGAAUGAGAUGUUCAGAUCCUCGUACAGACCUCGGGUUAUUGCCACAUGUCCUUCGUCUAUUACAUGGAACAAAGAAGACCUUGCCAUUAUGCACAGAAUCUACCAACACCUGCUGAUGCUGCUGAAACGAGCGCAUGUCCACAUUGCUCACUAUGACAGCAACCAGCCAAACAUGGUGGGGCCAUCCCAUGCUAAACUGCUGUCUCUCUUCUCUGUGCUCAACUACUGCCUGUAUUCAAGGAGAGAGAAAUUAAUGUUCACACCAUAUUUUCUGGAUCUCUGGCAGUUGUUCCACCCGUUUAUGCUGGAGCCCCAGGUUCCACUCAACCACAACAAACAGGCGUUGCUGAUGUUCUGGUAUAAUGUCAGCCAGGAUUGUCCCGAGAACCUGCAGCAGAUGGUCUCCAACCAGCACGUUUGCAAGAACAUUGCCUUCAACUACAUCCUUGCUGACCAUGAAGAUGAACAGAACAUCCUCUUCAACCGAGGCAUGCUGCCGGCAUACUACGGACUGCUGAGAAUGGCCUGUGAGUACUCCAGCCACUUCAUGAGGCAGCUGGCUGUACAUCAGAAUCUACAAUGGGCUUUCAAGAACAUUCUGCCAUACCCUCAUCAGUAUCUUCAG